AUGGCUCCCUCUCAAAAGGCCCUUAUCGCAAUCACUUCGGCGCAUGCUCCACUCUAUCCCGACGGCAAGGAGACAGGUCUCUUCAUUACGGAAGCUUUGCAUCCGUUUGAGGUAUUCCGAAAAGCAGGCUUCGAGGUCGACCUUGUCUCCGAGACAGGUAGCUACCAACCGGACUGGCUGUCGCAGCAGAAAGACUGGCUGUCCGACCAGGAUCGAGCUGUCCAUGAGGAUCACAACAGUGAAUUUCGUUCCAAACUGGAUAAAUUGCUAAAACCCAAUGAUGUCAAUCCAGCCAACUACGGGUUGUUCUUUGCCUCUGCUGGCCACGCAUCUUUGAUCGAUUACCCUAGUGCCAAAGGACUGCAGGCUAUUGCAGCUAGGAUAUACACCAUUGGUGGCAUCGUGUCGGCCGUAUGCCACGGAGGUGCAAUCUUCCCGGGAGUUAUUGAUCCUAGCACCGGAAAAUCAGUUAUUGCUGAUCGCAAGGUCACCGGCUUCACCACCCGAGGUGAAGAAGAGGAGGGUGUUCUUGAUACAAUCAAGAGCUGGAACCGACCCACUAUCGAGGCGUCCGCUGCUGAUUCAGGAGCGACAUAUGUUUCGCCAGCUGGACCUUGGGAUGCAUUUACCAUUACUGAUGGUCGCAUUGUCACGGGAGCAAACCCUGCGAGCGCGCAUGUUACUGCUGAGGCUGCGGUUAAGGCGUUUAACAACCUUUGA